GGUGAGACCACGGAUUUUGAGCUAUUAAAGCGUCAGCUGUCAGAUCCAGACAUAAAGGAUGCCCAGAUCAUUAAUUGGCUGCAUGAAUUUCGAGCUGCUGUUGCGUAUUUGACCAAAGAGCUUGAACAACUGGUCAGCAUUUUGCUGAAGCUGCCAUGGUUGAGAAGAAGCCGAGAGGUAGUGGAAGAAUAUCUGGGUUUUCUUGGCAAUCUCGUGUCAGCACAAACUGUCCAUCUUAGGCCAUGCCUCCGGAUGAUUGUAUCGCACUUUGUCCCCCCUCGAGUAACCAUCAGAGAAGAUGAUGUGGAUAUUUCAGAUUCUGAUGAUGAUGACGAAAAUGUUUCUGAAAACUUUAAUACAUGCCAUAGAGCAUUGCAAACUGUUGCACGAUACGUUCCUUCGACGCCACAAUUUCUCAUGCCGAUACUUGUGGAAAACUUUCCUUUCAUUAAUAAAUCAGAAAGAACUCUGGAAUGUUAUGUACAUAACCUGCUACGAGUUACGGUGUACCUCCCAACUCUGAGGCUUCAAAUUCUGGAGCUUAUUAUUGAAAAGCUGUUAAAGUUGGAUGUUAGUACUCCACAGCAAGAUAUUGAAGAUGCUGAAGAAACCGCUAAUAACUCUGACAGUGAGGAAAAAUCUACAGAGGAGGGACUUUUUGACAUGGAGGAAGAUGAAGAAAGGAAAGGAAACAAAGUUUUCUCUUCCAGUAGUGAGAGAAUGGCCCAUCCACUUGCAGAGCGCCUUGAUAUUUUGAUGACCAUCCUGUUUUCCUACAUUAAAGACGUUUGCCACGUGGAUGGCAAACUUGAUAUCAACAGCACAAAGGAUUUGUAUCGGGAUCUUGUUUCUGUUUUUGACAAGCUCAUUUUACCAACCCAUGCUUCCUGUCAUGUACAGUAUUUCAUGUUUUACAUCUGUAGCUUUAAAUUGGGGUUGGCUGAAGCAUUUUUAAACCAUCUUUGGAAAAAAUUGCAUGAUCCAAACAAUCCUUCGGUGAUCAGGCAGACAGCUGGGAGUUAUAUUGGCAGCUUCUUGGCAAGAGCUAAAUUUAUUCCAGCUGUUACAGUAAAAGCAUGCCUGGAUCUUCUGGUGAACUGGAUGCAUAAAUACAUUGAUAAUCAGGAUACAGGGGCCAAUGCUUUCUGUGAUGUAGCUCUGCACGGACCGUUUUAUUCUACAUGUCAGGCGGUGUUCUAUACACUUAUUUUCCGUCAUAAGCAACUUCUGGAUGGAAACUUAAGGAAAGGUCUGUCAUAUCUGCAGAGUUUAAAUUUUGAGCGUAUUGUCAUGUGUCAGCUGAAUCCUCUCAAGAUUUGUAUACCCUCUGUUGUGAACUUGUUUGCUGCCAUUACCAGGAAAUACCAGCUGGUGUUCUGCUACACAAUCAUUGAGAGGAACAACAGACAGUUCAUACCUGUUGUUCGCAGUGGCACUGGGGGCGACCUUGUGCAGACCUGCAUUAACCCACUGGACAGUUUCUUCCCCUUUGAUCCCUACAUUCUCAAAAGGUAG